UCCAGCCGGUGUUAAGCCGGCUGUCUGAGGGCAGAGCGGAGCCGUUCCACCUCCGCUCGGCACCGGACGGCAGCGGCAUGGCGCUCCGGGGAGCCUGCCUGCUCCUCUGCCUCCUCUCUCUUGCCCAGGUCUCCGGCCAGCAAAACUCCAAAGUCCGGCAAAAACCGGUGGCUUCCAAGAAAGAUGGUGUGAGCCUCAAAAUGAUUGAAGACCUGAAGGCCAUGAUUGACAACAUCUCUCAGGAGGUUGCUCUAUUGAAGGAAAAGCAAGCACUCCAGACAGUUUGCCUGAAAGGCACCAAAAUUCAUCUAAAAUGCUUUCUUGCGUUUUCGGAGACCAAGACGUACCACGAGGCCAGUGAAAACUGCAUCUCGCAGGGCGGCACGCUCAGCACCCCUCAGAACGGGGAGGAGAACGAUGCCCUUUACGACUACAUGCGCAAGAGCAUCGGCUCCGAGGUGGAGAUCUGGCUGGGCCUCAACGACAUGGCAGCGGAGGGCAAGUGGGUCGACAUGACGGGUGGCCCCAUCCGCUACAAGAACUGGGAGACUGAAAUCACCACCCAGCCCGACGGUGGCAAGCUGGAAAACUGCGCCGCCUUGUCGGGGGCCGCCAUUGGCAAGUGGUUCGACAAGAGGUGCAAAGACCAGCUGCCCUACGUCUGCCAGUUCAUGAUUGUGUAGCAGCGGGGGCUCCCUCCUGCCCACCCGCAACCCGGGUCUUCCCCC